AUUAGACUGCACAAGGUGUAAUGUUGAACAAGGGAAUGUGUUUGUUUUUCUCUUGUCAGGAAGCUUGAAAAGAAGAGGCAGUCAAGAUGCCUGAAACAGGCGGUGCAUCGGGUGCUCCCAAGAAGGGCCUGACGCUCGAUGACCUCAUCGCGCCCAUUGACCGGCAUGAAAGGAACCCGAGCAAUAUCCCUAAGGUCGACACGUUCCAUUUUUUGUGGAGAAAGAGUCUCUGAAUGGCUGGAGCGGGUAGAACAAGCUUUGGUUGGGCGGUCGGACGUUUUGAAGUUUCAACGCAUCCUCCAGUAUGUCCUCCACAGCUACCAUCAAGAGGUGAAGAAAGUUAUAGAUGCGGCCCAAGGUGGUUGGGAAAGGUUCAAGGAGGGGAUACAAAGGAAGUACCGCCUGUGGGAUGGAUUGCUGACCACCGCGGACCUGGAGGCGAUGAACAAGGAGGAUUUUACGACGAUAGGGGCUUUUGUCCAGGAGUUCAAGAAAAAGGAACGGAAGGUCCAUGGGAUUUCAGAGGAGGCGCAGUGCGCUUUUUUUCUGGGGCUACUCACGGCAUCGGAGGCCAUUGAGUUAACAAGACAUGGAGGAGGUAGCACUAAGCUCACCUGGGCCACCAUUGACAGAGGGGUGGAAGUUGGAUGUUUGGACCAGGUGGAGCAACGUCAGGUACGCCUGCAAAGGCAGAAGAGAAAGAAAAGAGAUGCGACCACUUCUGGGACCCCGGGGGUAACAAGGAUUGUUACAGACGUAUUGGCACAGCUGGGGUAUGCGACAGAGCUGGUGGUGCAGAGGAGGGUAGUGACAGCUGUCCGAGUAAAAGGAAAGGAGCCGGUGGUAGAGGAGGCUGUUCAGGAGAAGCUCUGGGAAGAGGAAGUGCCGGUGCCGCAGCACCUGACGAAGGCCCAGCGCAAAGUGCGUAACUUGGCGCAGGGCGGACAGGGAUCAGGAAAAGCGCAGGCACCUCAGGCAGUGGCGGCAGCUUCUCCAAGUGCGGUGGUGCCCUUGUCUAAGGCGGGCCCCUCGCAAGGAGGGGCACGCUCCUACGGACAGUGGCCCAGGCCGAUGAUCAAUGCAAUUGUGCCAUGGGGUAGCCCGCCGCCAGCCCGGCUGGCACAAGCAGCGCGAACUAGGAAUCAAGCCAAGGCCAGUGCCAGCCAAGAGCCUCCGAGGAGGGAGCCCGAACCGGGAAGAAGGAAAGAGGCCGUGAAAGUGGAGGACGACGAUGAUAAAGAAGAAGAAGACGAGAGGCUGCGCCGAGAAGAGGAUCAGAGAGCGGAGCAGCGGGCAAGGAAAAAGGGGACCAGGGGAGAGGCCGAGCCGGUCAUACGUGAUGCACCACCCAAAAAGAAGAAAUACGCGGUUCGGUUGGAGGAGGGAUUUGAUGUAGAGAAAGUGAUUGACCGGCUGCUGGAAGGGCAUAAUGACCUCAUGACCCUGAAGGAAAUCCUAGCGUCAGCCUUGCGACUCCGCGAUGAAUUGAAAGGGAGGUUGUUGCGGCGUUUGGUGCCCAACAUCCAUCUGGGUACGAUCCUGCCCAAGGAGACAGAGUGGGCGGAGUCGGGCACGAAAAUGGAUUGGAAGUGCGUGGCCUGUGGCAGGGUGGAUUUAGUGGUGAAAGGCUCCAAGUGUGCAGCAAUGGUGGACACCGGGGCGGAAAUGAACAUCAUCUGGGAGGCGGAUGCUAUCAGAUUCGGGCUAGACAUAGACCGAUCUGACUGCGGUAUUUUGCGCGGUGCCAGCUGCGAGGCCGUGUUUUGUGGGACAGCCUCGAAUGUACUCAUCGAGGUUGGAAAGGUGAAGGUCCGAGCUUGCUUCUUCAUCAUGUCAGACGUGGACCAUGGGAUCCUCCUAGGGAGGUCAUUUUUUAGUAGGACAGAAACCGUGAUAUUCAACAAGCAUGACGGUACUCUGAUCCUCCUCCUCUGUGACCCUGCCUGCGGGAAUUACGAGAUAAUUACCUGCAGAAAUACAGGAACGAGGAGUAUAAGGAACCGACCCAACCCAGGAUCCUUCACGAUCGAAGAAUCGGAGGGCGAGCGCCGAAGACUUCGGGUGGAGCCGGAAGGAGAAGAAGAGGUGAAAGAAUUUUUCCUUAGCCUAUCGGACGUCGGAAAGGCCAUGGAUUUGGUGGCCACACAUGAGAUGGCGGAUCCGGAUGCCAUCCAGGCCUUGAGGGAGCAAGUUCUGGAAUGCCCUGAGGCUGGGAGAUUGGAGCUGGUAUACCGUCUUCCGAACGGAAGAAGAAACCCCGCGUCCGCGCAGGCGCAAUCUGAGCGAACGUUGAUGGUGGAGUUGAUGAAGAGGAGGCAUCGCGCCUCUGCGUUUAGAGACGAGGAGCGCGGCAGGCUGGAUGUGGACAAGAUACCUAUGAUCAGUAUCCACACCGUGCCACACGAACCUUGGAACAUGAGAGGGGCGCGAUAUCCUAAUCCGGACGAGGAGAAGAAGGUGGUGGAUUACCUCGACGAAAGAAACUACUCUCAGUUCAAAAGGGAGACCCUUGCUGUCCUCCACUGUCUACGGAUCUUCCAGAACUACAUCUUCGGCAUGAGGUUUAUUUUGAGAGUGGACCCGACCGCCCUGGCCUACUCUGUGAGGAAUUACGUUCCAUCGGAUCCGACGGUUGCCAGAUGGCUGACGUGCAUCUGGAUGUUUAACUUCGAGUUUGAGCGGAUUCCUGGCAGCAAGAACCGGGCAGACGGGCUGAGUCGCAUCAACUGGGAUAAACAAGAAGGAGAGGCGGUGGAGAAUACGCCCCCCGUUGAUGGAUUCCUGGAUCAGGAGGAAGAUGUCCGUCUCCAUAUCAAUAAGUGGUCGUCGCGAGUGCCUAGCUGUGUGGGCUAUCCUAUCUGGCAAGCGUCGAGCAGAUAUGAAAGGAGGGCAGAGCUAGUCCUCAAACCCUUUGAAGAAGAAGAUCCUUGGGGAGGUAAGGAUGUUCAGUGGAUGAUGGAGCUGGCGCUGGCCAGUUCGCAUAAUCUGGUGGAAGACAUAAGAACGAUCGAGGAAGGACCAGGCCAGGUAGAACGGCAUGAGGAUCCGAUGGCAGGAAUGUAUCUCCUCGUCAACACGCUAUUGCAGGAAAGCCUCGACCAGUCAAGCUCGUUGAACCCGACAGGGAAUGUGGACGAAGUGCCCGAGAGCCAGAACGUCGAGUUCGAGGAGGGGGAGAUUAAAGAGGCCUUUCGUGCAGAAGAGUAUGAUGGGAUUUACCUAGAGCUGGGGCUUCUCUUGUCUUGCGAGAUGCGGCUAAGGGAUGCAAGCGAUAGAGCUCAGAGGAUGCUGCUGCGCUACUUUGUGCGAGACGGUCACCUUUUCGUAAGAAGAGAAGUGGGCAAUCCCAGGAGAGUCGUCUGCGGAAGAAACCGCCAGAUUGACGUCGUAGCAGCACUUCAUGAUGGCAUUGUAGGAGGGCAUCGAGGGGUACAAGCCACGUAUGCCAAGAUAAGUGAGUUGUACUACUGGGAUGGGAUGAUGGACAUGGUCGGAAAAUUUUGUCGAUCCUGCGUACCCUGCCAAGAGAGAUCCCGUUUGAGGCAAGGAGAGCAUCCAAGGCUAGAGCGAGAGGUAGGGGUUGUAGUGCAUCUCGACCUACUUUUCAUGCCGCUUGGGGAUCAGGGCUAUAACUACAUCUUCGAUGCGCGCGAUAACCUGUCUGGCUUCGUAGACGGACCUGCCAUUCGUACCAAGACUGGUUCAGUCUUGGGGAUCAGAAUUUACUUGUCAGGAGGUGCAAGAGUUGUUCUCAAGGCAAUUGAGAGACUGAGGGGAGCAGGCAGGUUCGAGGAGCCCAUUGCGCGGAUCCGUAGAGAGGCGAUGACGAGAUCAGAGGUGGAGUGGAGGAUGCAGGAGCUGCGACCCUCGCCUGUGGGACCUGAUGGCAGGCCGAUCCGCCUGGAGAUUGGAAAUGCGUCGGACUUCAUCCCUGUGUUUGAGUGGUUCAUGCAGGGGCAGGGUAUACCGAGAGAUGAUUGGAUGCAGACGCUACCACUCUGGACCAGGAAGGCGGAAAGACCACUGGCUGACCAAGUCAGAACCAUGGCCCGGGACUGGGAGAGCUGCAGGGCACAUCUGAGAGAGGCCUUUCGACGGCCAGAGCCCCCUCAGCCCAGAGUUGAGAGGCGUCAGAGGAGUCAGAGGCAGAGGGACCCUGAGCCCAGGGAGGUGAGACCGUCUCGAAAAGGACAAAAGACCCUAGCUAGGAGAGAGGAGGAGCCAGAGCCAGAGGUUGAGGAGCGAGACGCAUACCUUGAGUGUGGGUUGGGACCAGUGGAGUUCCAUCGGUUUGCCGAAGGUGAAUUGAGGAGGUCACCAGCAUGCACACAGGAGGGGCUCCUAGCGUCUGAGGAGCCUUUGAGGGAGUUGGAGGCGCACUUGGAUAUCUCUCAGUGGAGAGCGUCGCCUCAGGGUGAAGAGCGUGGAGAGCAGGCAGAGGAGGAGCCACGAGAGGAGGUGCUACAGGAGGAGGUCCAGGAUACUCAACACCUAGCAGCUCAUGCCCUGGAGCACCCAGACCUGGAAAAGCCAACACCUGCAGAGCCACGCGAGGAGCCGUGCCAGCCCAAGAAGGAGAUGGAGGCAGAGAUCCCAAAGAGGGUUGACCUUCGCACGAGGGAAAGGGCGCCAGCUGGAAAGACAGCAGAGGAAAAGAGGGCGAGAAGAACCAGGAGGAUAGACGAGAUAUGGCAAGAGAGGCAGAGGUUGAAGGCAGCAGGGGAGCUUCUGGAGCAGCAGGAGGAGAGGCAGAGAUCGGAGGCAGUAGGAGCGCUCCCAGGUCAGCCACCCAGCGCGCCAGCUAGGGCCCCGGAGAUCCCUGAGAUGUGGAGGGACUUCUGGGAGCAGAGAGGAAAGGAGUUUCCUUCGCCAGUCAGAGUCGGGUUCGGGGUGGCAAGGAAGGCGGAAGAAAGGUUGGAUCGCAAAAUCAAGUUCCUGGCCAAGGCAACUUUUGACCGGCACUUGCUAUUGGAGAGCGAUCUGGCAGGAAAGAAGAUAAAGGAAGUAGGCCAUGGGGUACGCUUGGAGGCUAUGGAGGUGGAAAUCCAAGAACUCAGGGCAUUGGUGGCCAGUCAGACAGCUAUCAUUGAGAGCCUAAGGCAGCGAUCUCAGGGAGAGGUGGACAAGCCAGAGAGCAGCCGACAGGGAGAGCAGAGGCAGCCAGGACAUGGUUUGCUAGGACAUUCAUCUCCAGCAGAGACUCGCCAGGAGCCACCUAUGGGGAGAGUUAUCCUGGAGCCAGAGGAGGCGAGAGCCCAGAGGGAGGCAGAGAGAGAGGCCUUCGAGUUCAGAGCCCCUACUGAGCUCGUACGCUACCUAUAGCAGCGGCAGGCCCACUCAUACCUUUGGUAGUUGAGGAGGGAUUACCACCAUCCAGCAGUGAGCCGGCUCAGGGCUCAGCAG